AUGUAUCACCACUCCCUCGACCCCCCCGAAGAGGCGGAUGCAAAUGCCAGAAUGCGUGUCCUCGAGGACAAGACCAUGGAGGAAGUGCUGCACCAGCCAGACUGGCCAAUCGGUAACCAGGCUGAACGCCGGAAGCCUUCCCUCGCCGGGGUUGCUCGAAUUGACAAUAUCCCCUACUCGCUCACUCGUCCAGAAGUGAUCCAGAUGUUUGGGCGAAGUGGGAACCUGAUCCCGGAGUCUCAGUGCCCAGUUCAUAUCAUCAUGGAACGCUCUACUGGAAAGACAAUGUGCUGCUUUGUGGAAUUUGAGGACCGCGAGAGCGCGCAGGCCGCAGUGGAUCGUUUGAACGCUACGACUAUGUCUCAAACCGGCCCUCGUAUGGGAAAUCGCCAUAUCGAUGUUACCCUGAGCAGCCAGCAAGAGCUGAUGCAGGCUCUUUUCCCCAGGGCCAAGUGCGUUGACUGGGUAGGUGAUCGCUUUGUUGCCCGUGACAAGCUUCCAACUGAGUGGUGGUCGACUGGCUUUGAUGGAUUCAUUACAGAUGAGGAGUUGUUCUGUGUGAUUCGGCACGCAAAAGAGCCGCACCGAAGCGCAUUUGCAGGAAAAGUGCCUCAGCGCACUUAUGAGUCCCUCAUCAGCACCAUCUGGAAGUUCCCAUGGUAUGCCACUAGCAUGUACACCGUGCAUGCUCGUAAUCAACUGUUCGACGCCUUGCUGGCGAUGGUGGAGCUCCUAUAUCAUCGCAUUGGAAACUCUCGUACCGUCGGCCUGGACUACCGUCUGGUUUCGGAAAUGAUGCAGACCGGUCUCCGGUGCCCUGGUUUUAAUCCCCGCAUGAAAUUUGCAAUGAUCGAAGCUGGCAGAGAUCACCUUACUCUACAACGCAUGUCGCGUGAUGCCCUCUCGCUGUUUCCAUUUGAUACUCUGACCUGGUUGGCUCCCUACGACGUUGCUUCCUUAGCGUUUUAUGGAUCACUGAUGAGCCGUGGCCGUGCUUCUCAAACUGAGAAACAGGGAUUGGAGAAUCGCCACACUAAUUCCAACUGGAUCCGGCCCUACGGUCCGCAGCUCUUUGCAUGGGGAGAAAAAGCCGCAAAGAGUAAGACUUUUGCUGAGGCAGUUGCCUACGAGUUGGGUAUUUUCCGCUCUAUCAUCAUCGCUGGCCAUGGAAACGACGGUAGUCACUCCCGUGUCUCCUCAAUCGGGACUGCGCCGCCCAGCAGUCCUCACCGUGCUGCGCCACCGUCUUCGACUGUGCCUCACACUGCGUCGAACACCACGCGACCUGGCAAUAUCGAAUCCCUGAACACAUAUGUUGACUCCUGGUCUAACACCACCGACGAUUUUCUUCCUCCUUACCACACGUCCAGCCAGAGCUGGGACCCCUCCGUUUCUACUUCUGCUACGAACAGCCGCCAAACUGCUCUUUCUCCAAGCAUCUGCCAAAACCGAGCCCCCCGCCCUAACGGUAAAAGCCAUAAGUAG